CAUAAACCAACAUGUCGACCUCUCGAUGACAUAUCCUUUGGUGUGUACUUCUUUGUUUUGCGAGUUCCACGAUGAUUUGAGGUCUUCCGGAAAAAGUGAAGUGUCCCGACGGGCCACUCACACCAUGUUCUUUCUCAUGGAAAUGCAGGAAAUCAAACACCCACACACCUCCACCAACUGUUUACAGAUAUAGUACAUUAAAUCAUAGAAAAUCGUUGUCCGUUAGCCCGUCAUGUUUCAUUAUCAUCCUGAGCACAUCCUGUAUUGUACACCAUUCGGUUAAGGUGAGGUGAACUGUCUACUAAUGCUCUUAUAAAUGGCAGUCAUUUGACAUCUAAGCAGACGAUCUAUAUCAGCGCUAUCUAUGACAAAACCGCAAUGGAGACAAAAAGAGGUUAUUGCACGAAUUCCUUCACGGAGCUGAGUCACGUUUUCUGAAAAACGUCUUCCAGUCGGAUUGAAACUGUUACUGAAUAACACUUUGUUGAAAAAGGAAAAACAGCUGAGAGACAGCUCUGAAGCACCCCUGGCGAUGGAUGUCACCUUGAGAAAGCUGUAUUUGGGACUGUUAUUGAUCUUAGAAGCAAUUGACAGUGGUUGUGCUCAAGGAAACCACGCAAAGGAUUACGAGCAAAUGUUGAUGCGAGACCUUUUCAGAGACUACAACAAGGACUCCCGCCCCGUGUUCAACAAAAGCGCAGCAGUAAAUGUGGAGUUAGAUGUGGCUUUUAGCCAGCUUGUCGAGUUGGACGGCAAGGAUCAAAUAUUGUCAAGCAAGAUAUGGAUUCGCCAGAUAUGGAAAAAUCCUUUCCUUUCAUGGAAGCAAGAAAAAUACAACAACAUCAGUGUUAUCAAUGUAGAUCCAAAGUUGGUUUGGAAGCCAGAUCUUGUCUUAUACAACAACAUUGGUAUUGGCCAGACGGGAGCGAUAUAUAACUUUGACACAAAAGUAGUCAUAGAGAGCGACGGAACUCACUAUUGGUAUGCCCCAACUGAGAUCAAAAGCAUCUGUAAAAUCGACAUCACCUUCUUUCCAUUUGAUGAGCAAAAAUGUCCACUCACCUUUGGAUCUUGGACCUACACAGGAGUUCAUUUGAAUCUAACGAAUAAGGCACCAACGGCAGAUCUAAGCAAGUACACGAUCAGCGGCGAAUGGGAAUUAAUCGCUAUGCCAUCAAAACGCAACGUCGUUAAGUACAGUUGCUGCCCAGACCCCUAUAUUGACGUUACGUACAAGGUUCACGUUCGUCGCAAGGUGCUCUUCUACCUAACUAAUCUGAUCUUGCCUUGUGUUGUACUUGCAGUGCUAACAGUGUUCUCGUUUAGCCUGCCGCCCGAGUCAGGCGAGAGGAUUUCCCUCGUCAUAACUAUUCUCCUUGGUCUUACAGUGUUCAUGUUGGUGUUCACAGAGAACGUUCCCCGCACUUCAGAAGUGAUUCCGCUGAUUGUGAAGUACGCUUUUACAGUCAUGUGCGAGGUUUCGUUCGCCCUGCUAAUCACGUGUUUUAUCGUCAGGAUUUACCACAAAGAUCCUGGCAAACCCAUGCCGGCAUUCUAUCGUUAUAUCACAUACAAGUUGCUAGCGCCAGUCCUUAGAAUGCAGCCUGUUCCGGCAGGGCACCAUGAUAGACGACACUGCAAGGAGCAUCUCGAGCGAACGAAGCACAGCCGCUUUCGUCGCAGCAAACCUUAUGCUUACAUCAGCAAACUGUUCGGCAACUACCCCAAAGAGACCAGCUGUCGAUUGGAGCUAGAUAAGCAUGGGGACGAGAUCACUGACAUCAGCUCGGGAAUUUCGAGGCAGUCAGACCCAAUGAAAUGUCCUUCGUUAGAUAAACUAGAAGACAUAACAUUCGGUUUGCACGCCAUCAUCGAUCACCUAAAAGACAUUAAAGCCAAUGAGUUUAACAAGAAUGACUGGCAUUUCGCGGCAAGAGUGCUGGACACUUUUUUCUUUUGGGUAUUACUUAUAGCAUUUGCAAUAUCAACAACUAUGUUUUACUUCUCAAUUCCAUCAUCCUAGUGCCUAAACGCUGAUAAUUAAACGUACCUUGCAAACCAUUUGAAAUGGUUGUAAACGGAUCCAUCGAUGAUUGUCAGCUCCGUAGAGUUUGAUAUGAUAUCUUCAAGAAGAGACAAUGAUACCAAUGAAAACGUGGACAGCCUAUAACCUUGAAGAAAGGGUGCUAUUAGCCUAUUAGCAGCGUGACAAAGUUUGUAAACUUUUCCACUUAUAAGAUCUCAUUAUCACUUCUGAGUACGGUCUGCCACAACUUGAUUACAAUUUUAGCUCUAAGAAGUUGGUGUUAGGGGCUGACCACCUAACUUUUGAGGGAGGGGGAUGGGUGAUUUUGAAAAAAAACAUUUCCUGCACGCGCUUGUUGGAAGAAAAAAAUUGCAUGCAGCCCAAAUGUAACAGA